GAGACCAUCGACAAACCCUGCCGUUCCAAGGGUAAGUAUGCCGGAAUCACGAGACAGACGGCCACAGCCUGUGGACAUAGCGGCAGUAUUCACUAGCCGGCGAUCUGGGGUCAUGGGCAUAGUAGAUGACGAGUUGGAUUCGGCUUUAUUUCGAUCCACGCCAAGUCGAGUGAAUACUGUCUGGACGACCUCAGGACAAGCAGCCGGGUUGGGGGGUAGGCGAGCUGGGGGGAGCGUCAUCGGCAGUUUUGGCAAUCUGAGAAACGGACCACCUACUAUUGACAGGAACAGUCCAUCUUGGACUGAUCGGCGGGGCAGGGUCCGACCAUCGCGGAGCGUGCUACCUUCUUGGUACCCAAGAACUCCUCUUCGUGACAUCACCGCUGUUGUGAGGGCAAUUGAAAGGAGAAGAGUUCGCCUAGGAGAAAACCAAGGACAGCAACCUACUAGUCCAUGUCCGGCAGAUCAAUCUCCUGCAGACUCUCCAAUCCCAACCAUUGGUCACAAGUUCCGGACACCUACUGGUUGUAAGUUGCCAAAAAUUUUACUUGAUAUCACCAAUCAGUCUGAAGAAGGACCAGAAUUUCUAACACCACAGAAGAAGCUCCUUAACUCCAUUGAUAUGGUUGAGAAAGUUGUGAGAGAGGAAUUGCAGAAACUAAAGAGAACACCAAGCGCGAAGAAGGCAGACAGAGAAAAACGAGUUCGUACUUUGAUGUCCAUGCGUUAAC